UGUAUAAUUGGAAUUUGUUGUUCUAAAAAUUCAGCUGGAUCCGUUGCUGUGAAAAGCAUUUAGCCAAAUGGCCCAAAUCCUGCUGAGAAACGUGACCAGAGCCGGCAAUGUGGCGCUGCUGGCCAAAAGCAACACCACCAGCCCGCUGACAGCCGCCGCCGCCGCCAAAUGUCAGCUGCACACGACGCCGGCAUGCUGCGAGAUACGGAAACUUUCCCGGCUGCGCGUGGUGGACAACAGCGAUCUGGGCAAGCGUGCCAUGGCCGAGGGCCGGCCACCCCGCUGCAUACACGUCUAUAACAAGCGCGGCGUCGGCCUCAUCGGCGACAAGGUGCUGGUGGCCAUCAAGGGCCAGAUGAAGAAGGGCAUCCUUGUGGGACUCAAGCAGAAGCAGCGGCUCAAGCAGCCGCAGUUCGACAGCAACAACCUGGUGCUAAUCGAUGACAAUGGCAGUCCGCUGGGCACACGCAUACACGUGCCCAUUCCAACGGUGCUGCGGACCAUCUUGAAGGAGAAGACGCUGGCGAAGGGCGCCGACUACACCAAGGUGCUGGCCAUAGCCAGUCGCUACGUUUAGCACUGACAAAUUCAUGCUGUUUUUCAUGUGUGCGUUCGAAAUAAAAACAUGAUUUACGUUAUAGUUAAUAUA